AUGGAAGACGAAGUAAAAGAGAAUGAAGCUGCACAAGUCAACACUCCAGAGCAGAUUAUCUCAAAAACUCCAGAGAAUUCCAAGGUUUAUCCCCUAGAAGAGCAGGCGAUAUCCAAUGCAGACAUACAAUCCGUACUGGAGUUUUCGGAUACCAAUGCAGAAACCAUCUCCACACCCACUUUAGUGGCAAGUGAAGAGCCACCACCCAUGCUUCCAGAAGAUAGGCCAGAUGGACCCUUGCCUCAAGUCGACGCAUCCCAAUAUAUCGCGUCCAGUAUCACCCAGUCGCGACCUUGCUCUCAUACAUCCCAAAUUGAUAUAAAUGACGAGCUAGAUCACUCUUUAUUACCAUCUACCGAAAUACAAGAAUCAAAUGAGUAUAAUGAAGACGAUGCAUCUAUUAUCCAUGCAUCUACCAUGCAGGCCAACUUGGCAGAGGAAAAUGAAAAAGAUAACGCUUUGCUGGAAUCCAUCCUUCAUAGCAUUCAAGCCCAUAUCCAAGAAGAAACCAUCGAAGCGGAUGAAAAAAAUAUGGGUGUGUUGGAUGUACAGGAUAUUCAAUUCGCCAACAUGUUCGAACCAGUUGAACCCCAAGAUACAAAGAUUUUGAAUGACUUUGCAAACAUCAUUUAUUCUGACGAUCGAAUCCACCCGUUAUCCAAAACAACACAACUCAUGACAAGUCCAUUACCUGUUGAUGUGGAUAGUACAUUUCCAUUUGUUCAUGCAGAUUAUGAAGCGGAUCAGGAUGAAUUGAUGUUUGGAUUGACAACUAACAUGACUCGAUCUGCGUCGGUUGAUGAAAUGGUUAAUGACACUAUGUUGGGCGUACACAAUACUGUGCAAAUUGCUUUGCUUUGUCCUGUUUCUCCUACAUUGACUUGUACCGAUCAUCAAACCAAUGAGCAUGCUGUCGACAACCAACACGAGCAUCUUGGUUCAUCUUGGCAGAGCAAUGAUAUCAAACAUGACGCGAACAGUAGUAUGCGAAUUGGAACACAAGACAUGAUGGACAAUGACAACCAAGACGGACAAGAGUAUCGCAAUAGUACAAUAGAUCGCCAGCCAAGUGAAUCUCUGAUCGAAAUUGAAAUUGACAGAGAUGCCAUUGUAUUGUCCAUCAAAAAAAACUUGGAACUCAGAGACAAGCUAUCUUUACGAAACUCAAUGCUACAAUACAAGCUGAGCGAGUAUUUUAAAAAAAAAAGGACCGACGACACACGCGACGGAGAAAAAAGUGUAUCAGAUCAAGAGCAGCGAUACGCCAACUGCAUGUCAUCCCUCAAUGAACUCCGAACAGAAUACAAUUCAAUAAACAUUGCAAAUCAAAAAUUUAUUGGCGAAUACAAAGGCAAGCUUGAGGAAAGACUAGACGAAGUGACGACCAAAGCGGACGAGUUUUGGAAAUAUAAGCGAUCGAUUGCUCUCGAUGCUGAAAACUCUCGCACGGGUAAACCUCUUCCAACUAAAAUAGUAGACCAACUCGAAUCUACUGAACGCAAAAAGGAAAACGAGGUGGUGGCAGUUAGACUAGAUAAUAUUAAGUUGAGGAACAAGCUUCGACGACACGAGCAACUGCUCCGCCAAAAAGAGGAGCUUGCGGAUGGACUUCAUUUGAUUGAUUUUGAGCAGUUGAAAAUCGAAAACCAAACGUAUAAUGAAAAAAUCGAGGAACGUAACGAGUUUUGUACAAUACAGGAGCUGCUCAAACUUCGUAAAAAAAUCACGAAUGUUGUCCAGGUGUUGACACAUGUCAAGGAAAAGCUUCAAUUUGUUCAGGGUGAAACCGUUGAUUUAAAGCUGGAUCUCAAAGCACUCGAUAAGCAAGUAACUCUGCGCAGGGAUUCACUGCCUAUUUCAAAACAAAAUCGAGACAGUCUAAAAAACAUCAAUACCACGCUGCGUCAAAAAAAUGGACUUUUAGGCAACGACAAUCUUUUGCGUGAUUAUGGCGAGAAAGUGGAUGAAUCUAAAAACUUGAAAAGCAAAAUUGACAGACUGCAAGAGUACUAUCAAGAAUUGAUUGCCGAGAUACAGCUGCUUCGACAAAAAAUGCAAAAAGCCGAGUUUAUUUCUCGUAUGAGUGUUACACACAUGGUGAAACACACCUAG